AAGAGCAACUCUCAUAUUUGUCCGACAGCACGUGAAGGCAGCAGGAGUCACGCGUUGUUUGCCUUCAGAGUGCAAAUAUGGCGGACGACGGAGAAUCGCUGGAGUCCUGGCUUAACAAAGCCACCAACCCUUCCAACAGACAGGAAGACUGGGAGUAUAUCAUGGGAUUCUGUGACCAAAUCAAUAAGGAACUGGAGGGCCCACAAAUAUCCGUUAGACUGUUGGCUCACAAGAUUCAGUCCCCUCAGGAAUGGGAGGCAAUACAAGCAUUAAUGGUUCUCGAGGCUUGUAUGAAGAACUGCGGGCGACGGUUUCACAAUGAAGUUGGGAAAUUUAGGUUUUUAAAUGAAUUAAUUAAGGUGGUUUCACCCAAAUAUUUAGGAGACAAAGUAUCAGAGAGAGUGAAGACAAAAGUGAUCGAGAUGCUGUACAGUUGGACUAUGUCUUUACCAGAUGAAGCAAAGAUCUUUGAAGCAUAUGAGAUGUUAAAGUCACAGGGUAUUGUUUUAGUUGACCCAGAAAUCCCUCUUGAUGCUACAUUAAUACCAUCGCCUUCUCCGCGACCCAAGAAUCCUGUGUUUGAUGAUGAGAAGAAGAGCAAGAGAUUAGCAGAGCUGCUGAAGAGCAAAAAGCCUGAAGAUCUGGAAGAGGCCAAUCGGCUCAUCAAGAACAUGGUCAAGGAGGACGAGGUAAGAACGCAGAAAGCGACAAAGCAAAAAAGCACGCUGGAGGCAGUCAACAACAGCGUCAAACUCCUUAACGAGAUGCUUGCUCACUUCAGCCAGGACGACUCCACGGACGGAGACAAGGAGAUCAUAAGGGAGCUGUAUGGAGAUUGCGACAAGCUCAGGCAAACUGUAGUUCAGCUCGCUACUGAGACUGAGGAUAAUGACAGCAGCUUGGGAGACAUCCUGCAGGCCAGUGACGACCUCUCCCAUGUCAUUAAUUCCUAUAAGAAGAUUGUGGAAGGACAGAUCGUCAAUGGAGGGACUGAAGCAGCACAACAAACACAAUCAUCAGUCAGACAAGGUCGCACAAACCAGUCAGAGAUUCUGAUUGACCUGGUGGGUCUGGACAUUCAGAGCGUCUCUCUACCAGGGCAGCAACCCCCAACAUCUUCUCUGUCCAUACCUGCUGACCUGCUGUGUGGGUCUACUGUCACUGACCCUCAGUCCCACAGCCCCAGCGUACCCUCUGCAGCACUCUCUCUGCUGGAUGAAGAGCUACUAUCUUUAGGCCUCAACGAACCUGCUCCCAUUCCAAAUAAAUCAACACGUGUAAACCUGAGCAAUCAUUUGCCAUCUUUACAGGAUUCCAGUCAAGAUUUUGAUUUUUUUGAAACCACUUCGCCUUCGGUUUCUGCGUUCUCUACAUCUUCACUUCAUCAAGACGGCCUUUCUGUGACAGUAGCCCCAAUUAGCUCAGCCAAGUCUUCUACAACUGCCUCUGGCUUAAGCUUCCCUGGCCCCGUCUUCUCCACGCCUCCGACUUCUACAAGAUCUGUCUCAACAACGUCAGUCAUAUUCCCACAGCCCCUCAGCUCAGUAUUGACCACCACGGCUCCAGCGGCUCUUCCUCAGGCAUUCAGCAUGGCCUCGCCUGCUACUUCAGCCACCCCUGUCACUCAGCAACAGGUCUCCACUUCACCUGGAGCGUCCCACACCACUUUAACUUCUCUGAGUCACAAUCUGCAAGACCUUGCCUUGCUGGAUCUGGGCAGUCCUAAAAUUACACAUGGUGUGAUGGACUUUGGCAGCUUUCUGGGCAAGAGUGAGGAUCUGCUCGCUCCUGCUACCCUGUCUUCCACCUCACUGCUCCUAGGAGGGUCCACUCCCCCCCCUGCCAAGAGUCAGGCAGAUGACAGCCCUCUGUUACGCUCUCUGUCCCCCAUCCUCCCUCUGAGCCAGGCCAGCCCAGGCAAGGGACAAGAGGUGUCCCUGGCCAAUGUUGUUGUCCCUUUAGAUUCCAUCAAGCCAAGUAAAGUGUGUCCUGUGACAGCAUAUGACAAAAACGGUGUCCGUGUUCUGCUGCAUUUUGCCACUGACUGUCCAGCAGGCAGACCUGAUGUACUGGUGAUGGUUGCGUCCAUGCUGAACACUGCCCCACUGCCUGUCAGGAACAUUGCUCUGCAAGCUGCUGUGCCCAAGACAAUGAAAGUGAGACUGCAAUCCCCUUCAGGCUCAGAGCUGGCUCCUUUUAACCCAAUCCUUCCUCCUGCUGCCAUCACUCAGGUCAUGCUGCUUGCCAAUCCUCUCAAGGAAAAGGUUCGGAUGAGAUACAAACUGACAUUUACGCUGGGAGAGCAGCCACACUCAGAAGUGGGGGAGGUGAAUGAGUUUCCGCCUACUGACAGAUGGGGGGCUCUAUAGCCCUGCCUGUUGAAACUAGAUGUAUUUAACAGUUUAGUUUGGCAGCGCAGUUCAGAGGUCAAGAGAAAGCACAGAAUUGCGAAACUUGAAUGGACUUUAAAGGAGUUUUUCUGCUUGAGAUGUUUGAUUUUAUUAGACAAUUUCAUUUAAAAACAACACCAACUCAACCAGGCAGUGAGUGCUUACAUAAAAGGAAAAGUCAGGAUAACAAAAUAAAGCCCUCAGGCUUAUUUUCAUUGCGGUCCCUUGACUUUGGCCUACUGAAGUAUCCAAAGUCCUGUAGUGUAGAUCAAACUUAAACUUUACUACAAUGCCAGAUGUUGUCUGUGUGGUGCAGUAAUAAAUGGUGUGAAAUGCUUGAAUGUGGAUGAUGGUUAUGUGGGAAAAUUGUUGGUUAUUAUCAGGUUUUUACUAAUUAUACCCUUUUGCUCUCAUUUUAAUGUUCACAUUUACUGUCCCGUAAUGCCGACUUUUUCAGUCCUGAUACCGAUGCCUGGGCUUUGGGUAUAGGCCAAUACUGAGUACCGAUCUGAUACUAGUGUUUAAUUAAUUAAUAAGCUGUGUGCCUCACUGUGUGGGAUCAUUCUUUUAUUUGUAAGGCAACAUCAGGCUUGACUUAAACAUUGCUUUCUUAACUAAAACAUGUAACAAAUACAUAGAUAUAAAUUUUACUGAAUUGUUAUUAUUAAAAUAUUAAAUCAUGACCCAGCAACUUGGUAAACAAUCUUUAAAAUUAGCAAGAAUUACAAUUUCAGUGUAAACCUUUUAAAUGCAGCAACGAAUUGGUCAAAACUUAAACAGGAAUUCAAAUUCCAGUAUAUAAUGUAAAUAGUGUAUAAACAUAGAAUUGAAUAGAUCAGCCCUAUUGUCACUGAUACCCAAUCCAGCUAUUCAAGUCAGUGUCGGCCCAAUUUCAGUAUCGAAUUGGUGCAUCCCUUAAUUAAUAUAGAGCAAAUCCACAUUUUCAAGAAGAUUGUGAAGCAUUUUACAUGAUUUGCUACUGGCUAUGGAUGAUAACAAUGUGUUAUCCUUUAAACAUUGGACUGGAACAGACAAGAGGCCCUCUGUUGCUAAAUAAAGGCACUCACAGAUUGGCUCAUUAAGAGUUAGUUACUCUAAGUUGACUUCUUUCAAUAGGCCUCACAGUUACUACUGAAUAUGUUUGCUUGUCUUCUAAGUUCUAUAUUAUAUCAUAGCUCAGACUCUUGUUAUGCUUUUUAGUCUUAUUAUUUAUUGACAUGAAUGUAUUAUUUAUUUUGGUUUUGGGAGGAAGGUAUUGGAUCAGUUAAUUUCCUGUAUGGUAUUUAAAUCGACAGCUGUAUUCCUUCUGCAUACUCUUCUUAUGAUGGACACUUUCAGUAUUGCAGUAAGAUAGGCACAAAUCAGUAGUGGGCUGUCUAAGAGGCUUUAAUGUUACCAAUUAUUCACACAGACAGUUAAUAACAUGUUACAUUAUGUAACAACAGGGUGGAUUCCGAUUAAAUACAUGUCUCCUAUGUCCAGAUUGUGCACUCUGGAUAGAAGUUUAAUAUAAAAAUGUAAUUCUUGCGAGAUAAAACAGCAGCCUUGUGCCAGAGACAUGAGCCCUUUUUACUUGGUAGAUGUAACAUGAGCUAUUAAGGACAAGGACCAAUUGUAUACAUUAAGUGGGUGUGCUUUAGUAAGUGCUGACUAGCAGACAAUUCAUCCCUAAAGACCGAAAGGAAUAUUGUAUGACAUUAAUUAAAGGCUGUGCAUAGCUUUGCCCUUGCUCCUGCUCUUAGACCAUGUUGUGGAAACCAAGCCAAAGGGGUAGGUUAGUUGCCCUGAUUUAACUAAAUGGUUAGCUUGUGUGGGAGUUUCCUAUGUCAAACUAGGAAAAUAGCCUUGAGAAAAUACUGUAUAUUAAUAGUAAAACCUUGAUGGUUAAUUCAAAGCAUUAUGUUUACGAUGUGUUUAUCAAAAAUGGUGACUUUAUUGUUGUCUUUAUGGGGAUAUUAGUGCUAGGAGAUUCUAUCUCUACAUAUUUCUUAUAAAACUAUUUAUUUGUCUUAGAUUGUUAAAUAAACUUGUCAUUGCAUAUUUUUUGAAAAGCAAUUUCUGUGCAUGGAAAAAUAAAGAAUGAGAUGGAUUUAUUUGUAUUACAA